UAUAGCAUCAUUUCUAUCACUAGUCUGCAAACGAGAGAAGUUGCUUUUGACCCAGGCAGUAAACCAGCACGAUGUGAGCCACUGAGGAGAGCUACUCCAAGGGGUUACAAAAGCUCUCAGAAGUGUGUUUUACAAAUACCGAUCAUGCUAUGUGACUUUACCAGGCGAUUGGAACAAAGAUGGACAAUUAAGAAAAGUAUUGAGCACCUGCAAGGAAAGAGAAAACAGUAUGACACUAAAUACGAGCUUUCUCAGAAACGUUUUUCUGUACAAGUGUCUGUUUGCAUUAACUUUUUGGAACCAUGUCAGCCUGUCUGUAGAAGAUGAACUCUUUACAUCUGUUUCUAACAAUUUUCAAGAGGAUGUUUCUAAGCAAAAAAUCAUGAGCCUGCCACUCCUGUAUACAAAGAGUUAUCAGUCCAAAGCUAAUGUUGAUUGGGUUGUGAUACAAAAUACUACAGAAAGCCUGUCAUUGUCAGAAAUCACAGAUCACAAUGUAAAAAAAUUGAUAGCUUUAUUAUCUAAUUUCAGACAAGGAUCCAGGUUAACAAAUCUGACACUGACAAAUAUGUCAGUGGGUUGGAAUAAUCUUAUGGAAAUUUUUCAGACUGUAUGGCACACAUCUGUUGAAUACUUCAAUACUAACAACGUAACACAGCUGUCAGACGUUGAAAGUUAUGACUUUGACUACUCGGGUACUUCUAUGAAAGCAUUGACAAUGAAGAAAAUUGCAAUCACGGACAUGUACUUCACACAGGAUGACCUAUACAAAAUAUUUGCAAACAUGAAUAUUACAGACAUGACAAUAGCUGAUUCAGAGAUGAUUCAUAUGCUUUGUCCUUCAGAUAAGAGUUCCUUUAGAUACCUAAAUUUUCAAAAGAAUGAUUUAACAGAUUUUCUUUUUCAAAAAUGUGACAACCUGCUUCAGCUGGAGACAUUAAUCUUGCAGAAGAAUAAAUUUGAGAGCCUUCGCAAAGUAAGCUUCAUGACCAGCGGUAUGAAAUCACUGAAAUACCUGGACAUGAGCAACAACCUGCUGCGCCACGAUGGAGCUGACGUGCCAUGCCAGUGGGCCGAGUCUCUGGCAGAGCUGGACCUGUCCUCCAAUCAGUUGGUGGACGCAGUGUUUGAGUGCUUGCCAGUCAACGUGAAAAAACUCAGCCUACAAAACAAUCAGAUCAGCAAUGUCCCCAGCGGGGUGGCGGAGCUGAAAUCCUUGGAGGAGCUGAACCUGGCAUCGAACAGGCUGGCCGACCUGCCAGGGUGCAGUGGCUUUACGUCCCUGCAGUUCCUGAACAUCGAGAUGAACUUGAUCUUCACCCCAUCUGCUGACUUCUUCCAGAGCUGCCCAAGGGUCAGGGAGCUGCAGGCCGGGCACAACCCGUUCAAGUGUUCCUGUGAGCUGCAAGCCUUCAUCCGCCUGGAGAGGCGCUCAGGGGGGAAGCUCUUUGGCUGGCCGGCAGCGUACGUGUGCGAGUACCCCGAAGGCUUGCGAGGGACGGAGCUCAAGGACUUCCACCUGAGCCUGCUGGCUUGCAACACGACGCUGCUGCUAGUGACAGCUCUGCUGCUGACGCUGCUGCUGGUGGCUGCGGUGGCCUUUCUGUGUAUCUACCUGGAUGUGCCGUGGUACGUGCGGAUGACGUGGCAGUGGACGCAGACGAAGCGCAGAGCUUGGCACAACCCAGCCGGAGAUCAGGGGGCCAUGCUGCAAUUCCACGCCUUCAUUUCCUACAGCGAGCGCGAUUCGCUGUGGGUGAAGAACGAGCUGAUCCCAAACCUGGAGAGGGGGGAGGGCUGCGUGCAACUGUGCCAGCACGAGAGAAACUUUAUCCCUGGCAAGAGCAUUGUGGAGAACAUCAUUAACUGCAUUGAGAAGAGCUACAAGUCAAUCUUUGUGUUGUCUCCCAACUUUGUGCAGAGUGAGUGGUGUCACUAUGAGCUGUACUUUGCCCAUCACAAGUUAUUCAGUGAGAAUUCCAACAGCUUAAUCCUCAUUCUGCUGGAGCCAAUCCCUCCGUACCUUAUCCCUGCCAGGUAUCACAAGCUGAAAGCUCUCAUGGCAAAGCGCACCUACAUGGAGUGGCCGAAGGAGAGAAGCAAGCACGCCCUAUUCUGGGCUAACCUCAGGGCAGCCAUUAACAUUAACCUGCCAAAAGCUGAUGAAAAUUUGUAUGAGGAAACAGAUUAAGAAUCUUUCUACUGGAGUUUGAUCUGUUUUUCUUAUUGAAAUAAUAAAUAUGAUUACCAUUCAUUACAAAUGUGUUUAACUUUUUGUUACACAAUCUUGUUUCCAACUUGUCUAUAUGGAUUUUGAAAUACGACUUGAAAUAUUGUAGUGAGUUUUUCUCAG